AUGCGCGUCCUCUCUCUUCUCGCGAGCUGCCUCUCGGUAGUCUCGGCCGCCUCGCUGGCAAAGCGCGCCCCGACUCCAGGCUCCCUCAGCCAGGUCACCUCCUUCGGCAAGGCGCCCACAAACGCCGGCUUCUACAUCUACGUCCCCAAGCAGCUCGCAGCCUCCCCGGGCAUCGUCGUUGCGAUCCACUACUGCACCGGCUCCGCGUCGGCAUACUUCAAUGGCAGCCCGUACAAGACGCUCGCCGAGCAGUACGGCUUCAUUGGCAUCUACCCGAGCUCGCCGCACUCCGGCACGUGCUGGGACGUCAGCAGCAAGGCGACGCUUACCCAUGAGGGAGGCGGAGACUCGAACACCAUUGCGCAGAUGGUCCGGUGGACUAUCGAUCAGUACAAGGCGGAUACCAGCAAGGUUUUCGUGACCGGCUCUUCCUCUGGUGCUAUGAUGACGAACGUCAUGGCCGCCACCUACCCCGACCUCUUCAAAGCCGGCAUUGCGUACUCGGGCGUGCCAGCAGGCUGCUUCAUGUCGGCGGCCGGCGGCGUCGACGCCUGGAACAACAGCUGCGCGAACGGGCAAUCGACGGCGACGCCGCAGAAAUGGGCCCAAGUCGUGCUCGACAUGUACCCCGGCUACAACGGCACGCGGCCUAAGAUGCAGAUCUACCACGGCUCGUCCGACGGCACGCUGCGCCCGCAGAACUACCAGGAGACGAUGAAGCAGUGGGCCGGCGUGUUCGGCUACAACUACGACAAGCCCGAGAGCACGAAGUCGAAUGAUCCGCAGAGCGGGUAUACGCGCACCGUGUAUGGACCCAUGGUGGAGGGGAUUUAUGCGCAGGGCGUCGGGCAUACGGUGCCGAUUCGGGGCGCGGAUGAUAUGAAGUACUUUGGUUUUGCGUAG